CUGUGAGACUCCCCAAAGCAACCCCCGAACCUCAUAAAAACGCCAAAUGGGUUCAACUGCCACCUAACAUGCCGCUUCACAUUCAACGGUCAAGACUUCUCCUCACCCCCUUCUUCCCUCCAAAACCCAAACCCUACACCACCAAACCACGCCCAUCCAAUCCCCUCUCUUCUCUCUUACACCUCUGCAAACACCCGCUCCAUCUCCAGCAAAUCCAUGCCCGGUUCAUCCUCCACGGCCUCCACCAAAACCCAUCACUCUCUUCCACACUCAUCGACGCCUACGCCAAUCUUGGCCACCUCGGUACCUCCCACCAAGUCUUCCGCUCCGUCUCCGACCCAAACACGCCCUUGUACACCAGGUUUCUCAAAUGUCUCUACAGGUCUGGUGAGUAUGAAAAGACCCUUUUGGUUUUCCAAGAAAUGGUCUCGAAAUCAAUUCACCCGGAUGAAUGUGUUUACCCUUUUGUGCUGAGCUCUUGCUCUCAACUGUUGGAUGAUGUAAUGGGGAAAAUGAUUUGUGGGUAUUUGUUAAAAUUGGGUUUUGAUUGCAAUGAUUUUGUGGGCAGUGAUUUGGCCUAUUGCUCGAAUGAUGAUAAUGAGCAGGGUUUUCGGAUAUUGAAUAGGAUGAGAUUGGGGAGAUUCGACCCGGAUUCGGUUGAUCUAAUUUGCAUGUUGAGGUCAAGUAUUGAUUUGAACUCGUUGAAAGCGGGGAGAUGUGCUCACUCUUUGGUACUAGUGAGCAGUUUAUGGAAAGAUAUCACCGUGAGUACUGCAUUGUUGACCAUGUAUUCAAAGUUGGGUAGUAUAAAAGAUGCGAGAUUAGUGUUUGAUAAAAUGCCUGAGAGGGACUGUUUUGUGUGGAAUUUAAUGAUUUCUGGGUAUUCGCGUAAUGGGCUCCAAAUGGAGGCCUUGCAACUUCUAAUGGGAAUGGUGAGAUCAGGGGUUAGAGCUGAUCUAUGUACUGCAAUUCCGGCUAUUUCAUCAAUUGGAGAGUUGAAAUCACUCAGGUGGGGGCAACAAAUGCAUGCUCAUGUGAUUAGGAAUGGUUCGGAUUAUCAGGUAUCCGUACAUAAUUCUCUUAUUGGCAUGUAUUGUGAUUGCAAUAGCUCAGACACUGCUCGAAGACUUUUUGAUUUGGUGACAAACAAGACUGUGGUUUCGUGGAGUGCAAUGAUCAAAGGAUACGUAAACCAUGAUUGUUUUCACGAUGCUUUGGCUCUCUUAACGAAGAUGAAAUUGGAGGGAUUUAGAGUAGACUCUGUUACAGUAAUCAAUAUAUUGCCUGCUUGUGUGAAUAUAGGGGCUCUAGAACAAGUGAAAAACCUUCAUGGGUACGCCAUUAAGUGUGCUUUAGACUCAUUUGUAUCAUUAAAUACGGCACUUCUCAUUAGCUAUGCCAAAUGUGGAUGCAUAGAAAUGGCCAGAAAGCUUUUUGAUGACGAGGAAGUUGAUAACAAGGAUAUAAUCACGUGGAACUCUAUGAUCAGUGCAUAUUCUAAGCACGGAGAUUGGUUCCACUGUCGUGAACUGUACAGCCAAAUGAAGCAGUCCAAAGUAAAACCAGAUCAUGUGACCUUUCUAGGUUUAUUGACAUCUUGUGUUAAUUCAGGUUUUGUAGAAGAAGGGAGAGGGUGUUUCAAAGAGAUGACUGAAACCUGUUUUUGUCAACCUAAUCAGGAACACUAUGCUUCUAUGGUAGAUCUCUUAGGGCGCUCUGGACACGUGAAAGAAGCCUCAGUGCUUAUAAACACCAUGCCCUUUAAACCGGACUCAAGAGUGUGGGGUCCACUAUUGAGUGCUUGUAAAAUGCACAAUGAGCCCAAGCUUGCUGAGUUGGCUGCUGAGAAGCUUAUAGCCAUGGAACCAAAAAAUGCAGGAAACUACAUCUUGCUAUCCAAUAUAUAUGCUGCGGCAGGAAAGUGGGAUGAAGUCGCUAAGAUGAGAGUCUUUUUGAGGGAUAGAGGGUUGAAGAAAGUUCCUGGGUGCAGCUGGCUCGAAAUAAAUGGGAAGGUACAUGAGUUUCGUGUUGCGGAUCGAUCUCAUCUGAACUCCGAUGAUAUCUAUACCACUCUGGAGAAUCUAGAGCUGGAAAUUAAGGACAGAGAAAAGAGUUCAAAGAAGAACCAAAUUGUGUUGCUAAAGGAAUUUCUGAAUGUAAAUUUGUUUGAUAGUUUGGUCUCUGUUGCCUUCAUAUAGUUGCACCUAGGUGGGAAACUGCCUUCGAAAGGAAUUAUGUUUUUGUUGAAUGCAAGAAAGAUGAAGGUAGCUAGUCAGGGACGAAGAGGCUAUAGUAGUGAUUGAGGGACAGUCAAGAAUAUAAGAACAUCAAAUUUCACUUUUACAGAAGGUAUGCUUGCAGUAAACAAGGUGUAGUUUUAUGCAUGAAGAAGAAAACCAAAGGAGGUUAAGUUGCAUUCUAGGGUCAGUUGUCAAUUUCACAUCUGCCAAAUGCCUCCAUGGUUUUUCACACUGGGUCUAAUUGGCCUUUAGAGCUGUCAUUACUUGUCUUUGUGAAGAUAAUUUCAACGGAGUUGUACCAAAAAGAAGACAGGUUCGGGUCACGACUUCAUCCCUCAAACACUUUCCUUAAUCUAUUACAGGAGGAUUAUCGCUUUCAACAGUUUGAAUUAGUCUUCGGAGUAGUUAGGAGAAUAAUUUGGAUCUGGAAAAGGAGGGGGACGUGAUUUUCCCCUUACUCAGACAAUGUAAGAAAAAAUGAACUUUCUCAUUUUUGUUGCGAUCUAUUCGUUAUGCAUUCAUCGUCAAUUAAACAUACAAUGGGCACUAUCCCAUUGAAUGACUUGUCAAUAAAGGA